AUGAUUGCGGCGCGAAAUCUCUUCUCGAAGAACCUCUCCAGCGCUGUCUUGGCUUCUCGACACGGAUCGACGCUAGUGAUCGCUGAACACGAUGGAUCAAAACUAUCGCCGAUUACGCUCAAUGCCGUCACCGCUGCUUCUCAACUUGGCGGCGAUGUCACGGUGCUAGUGGCCAGUUCGAAUGCUAAAGCAAUUGCAGACCAAGCAGCCAAGAUCUCUUCUGUGAAAAAAGUGUUCCUCGUGCAAGACGAUAAGUUCAAGAACUCUUUACCAGAACGAGUUGCAUCAGCAGUGCUGGCAGUCCACAAAUCACACAAUUUCUCAUCGAUCGUUGCGGGCUCAUCAGCUUUCGGACGAGGCCUCAUUCCUCGUGUCGCCGCCAAAUUAGGUGUUUCUCCUAUCUCGGACAUCACAAAGGUGCAUUCGGCCGAUACUUUCACUCGAACGAUGUAUGCCGGAAACGCUGUCGCCAAGAUCCAAUCUUCUGCUGCCGUCAAAGUGUUGACUGUGCGUGGAACGGCAUUCCCUGCCGCGAAAGAUGGUGGAAGUGCGUCGGUUGAAGAAGUGAAAGUGGAUGAUGUGAAAACGGAUCUCUCCGAAUUUCUGGGCCAAGAGCUGUCAAAAAGCGAAAGACCCGACCUUGGAACGGCUAAAAUUGUCGUUUCGGGUGGCCGUGGGUUGAAGAGCGCCGAUAAUUUCAAACUUAUUUAUGAUCUCGCUGACAAGUUGGGCGCCGGCGUUGGUGCAUCGAGAGCCGCAGUUGAUGCUGGCUAUUGUCCAAACGAUAUGCAAGUUGGACAAACGGGAAAGAUCGUUGCUCCUGAGCUCUACAUUGCCGUCGGAAUUUCUGGUGCCAUUCAACAUCUCGCUGGUAUGAAGGACAGUAAAACGAUUGUCGCUAUCAACAAGGAUCCUGAUGCUCCAAUCUUUCAAGUGGCUGACAUUGGUUUGAAAGCGGACCUCUUCAAUGCAGUGCCUGAAAUGACUAAAGCCCUAUCU